AUGGAGGCUGGCCUACUCUUCUACCAAGGAAAGAUUGUGGUCCCUGACGUUGGAACAUUAAGGAUGGAUCUACUACGUAUAUUUCACAACAGCCCCUUGGCAGGACAUCCGGGAAGACAGCACGCUCUAGAGCUAGUAUCAAGGAACUACUACUGGCCCGGCAUCCGCGCUGAUACGUACUGGCAUGUGGAUUCCUGCAAAAUAUGCCAAUGGAUCAGGAAACCUAAAUAUGCGUCUAUUCCCCCUCAGCCUCUUGAAGUCCCUGUUAGACCCUGGCAGCAUGUGUCUUACAACAUGAUAGUAGAUCUACCAAAGGAUGGAAGCAACAACUCAAUCCUGGUAAUUGUCAACAGCUUCACAAAGUACAGGAUAUUUGUAAAAUGCUCCAAAAAACUCAAGGCACCCAAGUUAGCAGAACUAUUCCUGGAAAACGUAUGGAAGCGCCAUGGCAUGCCGGAAAAAACCAUAUCCAACAGAGGAAGAGUCUUCAACAACAAGUUCUUAAGGGCCCUGUAUAAACGCCUUGGCAUUGACCCACACUUCUCUUCCGCCUAUCACCCCCAGAGCAACGGACAAAUGGAACGCGUCAAUCCCUCCAUCAAACACUUCCUCAGGGCUUACUCAGGGGUAAACCAAAGGGACUGGACCAGAUGGCUCCCAAUGGCAGAGUUUGCGUACAACAAUGCCGUACAUAGCAGCAUGGGCAAGACCCCUUUCAAGGCCUUGUAUGGAUGGGAGCCUACCUUAACCCCUUUGAACGUACCAACAGACGUGCCAGAAGCAGACAAUCUGGCCCAGACAAUGGAGGCUCAGUGGAAGGAAGUGGAGUUGGCACUCUGGCAAUCUAAACAACAAAUGAUGGCCGGGGAAAGUGGAAGCCCAACAGAGUUUGAGAUUGGAGAAGAGGCUUGGCUAGACGCCAAGAAUGUCAACCUCAAAACCUUGAGCCCCAAGCUAACGGAACAACGCCUGGGGCCAUUCAAGGUUAUUGAGAAAAUCUCCGACCGGGCUUACCGCCUAGAACUCCCCCCAACAAUGCAGAUCCACAACGUGUUCUAUGUAGGACUCCUAUCUAAGGUCAAAAGGGAUGAGAAGCGCGCCUUUGAGAAUUGCCCUCCACCAGUCACUGUGGACAGAGAAGAAGAAUACAAGGUGGAAGGGAUCACCAAUGCUGAAGAAAGGAAUGGAAAGUGGUUUUUCUGA